GGAGGGCUCAGUUAUUUGGCCGCAGACCGCAGCAGUUCCACAAUGGCGCACAAUGGGGAAGGACCGAUGAGCAAGCGACUUCGGACUGAUUUGGAGUCCCAGCAAGUCAGGACUCUCGAGCAGCAGCAAAUCAGCGGCAUAGGAAAUUUCAUAGACGAGCCUCGACGGAAAAGGGCGGAAUCUGAUAAGUUGAACCACGUUUUGCUCUUCACCAUAAUCAACCCGCUGUACCCCAUCACAGUGGACGUCCUGCACACCAUUAGCGCUCCAAACGGACAAGUGGUGCGCAUUGUUAUCUUCAAGAAAAAUGGAGUCCAAGCCAUGGUCGAGUUUGACAGUGUGGAGUCGGCGAAAAGAGCCAAGGACACGCUGAACGGCGCCGACAUCUACUCGGGAUGCUGCACCCUCAAAAUCGAGUAUGCAAAGCCCUCCAAAUUGAACGUGUACAGGAACGACAGCGAGAGUUGGGACUACACCGUUCCUGAUUUGGGAGUCGGCGACCAUUUGAACCCCCAGCACCAGCCCUACUCUGGUGGCGGCGGCGGCGGAGGCGGUGGCGGCCCCAACAGGUACGCAGACGAGCCGCCGUACGGGGGCGGUGGCGGCGGCGGGAUGCCGCCGCAGAACGGUCCUCGCAGCCUCCAGGACAAUUAUAACUCCGAUAGGCAAGGCUACCCGCCCGGACCUCCGCAGCAGCAGCAAAACAUCACAAGUCAAGGGCCGAGUAAUCCGGUGCCACAGCAGGGCUCGGUCAUGAUGGUCUACGGCCUAAAUUUGGACAAAGUCAACCCGGACAGAUUGUUCAACAUUUUCUGCCUCUACGGCAACGUUGUCAGAAUUAAGUUCCUCAAGACCAAGGAAGGUUGUGCCAUGAUCCAAUUGGGUGAUUCUUUAGCUGUGGAGCGAGCAGUGCAGAACUUGAACAAUGUCCAGCUGGCAGGAUCAAAACUGCAGCUGGGUUACUCAAAACAAGCAUUUCUCAGUGAUGUCCAGCACCCGUAUCAGUUGCCAGACAAGAGUCCCUCCUUCAAAGACUUCAUGGGCAACAAAAACAACAGAUUUAUCAACCCAGUCAUGGCUAGCAAAAACAGAAUACAGCCUCCAUCUAAAAUUUUGCAUUUCUUCAACACGCCACCCAGUUUAACGGAAGAGCAGCUGAAAGAGGUUUUCGAGAAUUCGGGCGUCGGCGAUCCAAAGACGAUCAAACUCUUCCCGUCAAAGAAAAAUUCCACAGCUGAGCGCAGCUCUUCGGGCCUGUUGGAGUUUGACAGUAUCUCAGAUGCACUGGACGCACUCAUGAUGUGCAACCACUUGCCGAUCCAGAACCCAAAUGGCAAAUUCCCGUACAUAAUGAAGCUGUGCUUCUCGUCGUCCCGGCAGAUCCCCUCCACAAUAAGUGGCAGCAUGCACUUAAAAAGGGAUAGUCCCGUCGACCUGGAGAACAUGGAGAACGGGAAUGAGGACGAGUAGACAGACUGGCCAACAACUCGAAGCCACCAACCAACCAACACCACAAGACAACACACAGACACGGAACACACCCAUACACCUCUUCCCGCCUCUUCGUUCCUUCAUCGCGUGCCAACCGAGGAAUUUCUUCUCAUUUUCUUCUCAUCAUCUCUCUCGGAGUAAUACCAGCAACGUCUGACCUCGUUUCAUCAACUCGGCGCCCCGACGCCGUCUCUACGCCAUUAUUUUCAUUUUAAUUUGUGUACAUGUCCGCAAUUAUGUAUGCAAAAGCACUAGUCAGCCCAAGUGCACCAGUGUUGAAGUGUGAUUUGCAUACAAGCAGAUUAAUGACUGAAUGAAAAACUGAAAUGUGUUUUCGAACGGAGCAGCUGGCAUUCUUGGUAACUGGUGCUGUCUCAUAUUUAAUUAUUUUGUCCAACAAAUGUCCAGUCGAACGAAUUGCUCAUGUUGCAUACCUCAUUAAUCUCACAGUUUUGAACCACAUAAGCAAUAAUUAUGUAAAAGUGGUUUUUUACAAAUAACCUGAUUGUGAGCCGCGUUUUUAUCCUCAAUGAUUUUUAUUCAAUUACAUUCUUAGUAAGUUUUUAUCAAGCAACAAGAUCGACUGGACGUUUCGAUACCAAUUAAGACGACUAACAAACAAAUUUUUUGCAACUUUGUAUAGCAAGUAGGUGUUAUUUUUGCAUACCGACCGGAUUUCCAACCCCCGUUUUUUAUGGAGAUAAUUUUUUGACAACGUUCAAAUCAUGGCAACUCGCAGACAAGGGAUGUUUUUGCUUCUUUUGUAAAAUGGAGAGUUUUGUAUUUUUGUGAUUGAUUUUUGAGUUUUUUUUUUCAUUUUUCAUAUAAAGUAGAGCUAAAACUUUUCUGUUUUUUAACCGACGUAAUUGAUUUUCUUUCCCGACAAAAAUGAUGAAGGUGAUCUGAACAUAUCAAAUAGCAAUUAAAUUAUAAGUAACAACACAAGGCGGAGGAAGAAGAACGGUUACAACACUAGUUAGGGAAGUACACAACCUUAUCCUUAGUUUAAAAAUAGCAUUGAAACAGAGGACACACAGAAACAUACACAAACCACCUACUUAAUGCAUAUUUAUGAAGAGUCUCGGACAUCUCGUAAAGUUAAACUCGCAAUUACUAAAGAAGUUCAGCUCUUGAUCCCUUAAUUAUUCUUUUUCUUGCAAAAAAGUAUUUUUCUCUAAACAAAAACGAGCGACCCGAAGCUCGAGUAAGCACCAAGAUUGCAAAAACUAUUUGCAUUGCACACACACACACUGCAAUGAAGUUAAUCAAAAUCAAACGCAAGCUCGCUCGCUGCAAAGGACGGGAGCUAACGUAAGAAAUAAACAAGUUUCUUCAGACUGAUUUCUGUCUUUGAAUUGAUUUUCCAAGCGCCCGGCAUUUGCAGCGGCCGAGCUUCCUCGACGUUAAAUAUAAAUAAUAUAUGAGAUAUGUAGUUAAAAUGUAGUCUUCCUCUUGCGCCUAGAUAAACAACUACAUACUUUUGUAGCCCAAGACUGUGUGAUCACAAUAGUGACCAAAUUGGAUAAAAGAGAGUUCUUCUGUAUGUGUCACAGCAUAUUCAAAAAAUGGAUAAAUAAAAUUCGUAACUGUUUCAUUCGAGAAAUGAAUAACGGUUGAAUGUGUUCAAAAGUAAGUUCGUUGGAAUAUAUAUUGUGUAUAAAAAUGGCAACAAUAUAUAUAAAUUGUAUUUUUGGUCUUGCACAAUUACAAACAUAUGUGAGAGAAGGUGGGCUCCGGAUUUUGAUUUUUUUUUUCUUGCGUAUGAAAAUUGAACAAUGAUUUGCCAUAUAUUGUACAUUUAUCCACUUUUCUUCCCUACUUUGAAAGACAGUUUGUACAUAAAUAUUAAGUUUUUUAUUAACGAGAACGAACGAAUGUGUUGAAAAAAAGAGCAUCUCAGAGAGGAAGAAAGAAAGAAAGUAAAGAGCGAACGCGCGCGGAGUUCAAAUAACCCCCACUGACAGCAAAAAGACCAUACGCAGCAUUUAUGUGAAUUUAUUAAUUGUUGUAAAACCUACCAAAGUUGACGAGUUGACCGACGAAGUUCUGCGAACCAGAGGUUGUAACUCGCUCGUCCACAAGCCAGGGGGACUAUUCGAUGUGAAACGGAUAUGACAAGUGAAUAAAUCUAAUAAGCCUCGUUUUUGUCACUUCGCUGCUAGAGUACCUAGAGAGACUACUAAGCAUUUUCGAUGCGUAGUACCAUAUUUACGAUUCGCGUAAGUGUAUUUUGAAAUUCCUAGGCGAGAACGGUAUUUGUAAAAUUAUCCUAGAUCGUUGCGAGAGAGAAAAAAAGUAAUAAAUUGUCACUGGAGGCGAGAGUUCGUCGCCUAGAAAUUAAUGAAUUAAAAUUCCGAGAUCUAUAGACCCGUGGUAAAUAUACCUUAGCAAGUUUCCGGCUCGCUUUUUGGUUGAGUUUCCCAGUGUAAAGCUAUGAGAUUCACGUAAAUCUAAAGUACAUAACUACGUAGUAUGUAAUAAAACAGAAAUUCAGAACUUGAUAUCAGAGAAGCAAUAUGGUGUUUAAGGAAAGAUGAAGAAGCGAGCGCUCUGUGUAUUUUUGUUCUCAAAUUUUGUUCGCAGCUCUCAUUAAUUCAUUAUAAUUAAUUAUUCAUUCGAUGUGUUGCCUGUUUUUGAACUGUUGUUGUAUUAUUGCUUUCGACGAAUCUGAUCCACGCUAGAAGUUGAAAAUGAGUUUUGGUCGGUCAUGUUAAUGAUUCUCGUAUAAUUUUCACACAUUUUCAAUUGUACUUUUUCACACACAAAACACAGACACACGUUUUUUAUCAAUGGUACUAAAUAAGAACGGCCACCUAUGCAGUCAAUUAAAUUGUAAUUUAUGAUGGAAUUGGACGUGAGCAUAAUUAAAAUUUUAAGCAGCUAAGCCAACUUUUGUGUAGCUGGUUUAAAGAAGAAUCCUUUCAAAUUCUCUUGAUAUAGUGAAUUUUCAAUAAAAAAUUGGUCUAACAUGAAAAGCAUCGAUUUCUUUAAAACAACGGGAAAGCCUGAGAAAAAAACGGCAUCUAUAUUAUUAAUUAAAAUAAUAUAUAUUAUAUCAAAGCUCUCUCUCCUCUCUCUGUGUAAUUUUAAGGGAAAAAUUACAAUGCAUUCUAAUGUGGAUCAAAAAAAUGUGCUCCAAGAACUUGUAAAAUGAUGAAUGAAAGAAAGGCUAUUAUGCACUUGUAGUUUUAUUCUGCAAAAGUUUACAUUUUUGUGCCAUGUUGUCAAUACAGAAAGAAUACAAGGAUUAGAUGAAUUAUUAACUUUA